AUGUGCGAACUCAUCUACGUGACCAUGCACCACACCUGCGGCCACAAGGAUCGCUAUACUAAGGUCACCAACUGCCCAGAGGCAACGGCCAUCCGCAAGGACUGUCCCGACCAAAUCUGCCCCAUGUCGAUGGCGGAUGAGACGUACGACUGUGUGUGCUUCCGCUGCAAGCGAAAGGAAGAAACGCUGGCGAACGCGCAGGACGAGGUCGGGGUAGAAGCAAAGGAGUAA